UAAGCGGCACAUUUGUAUGAAAAUUUUACAGAUUGUGUGUGAACAGUGCAUAUAGUGUUUGUGAAAUCUAAAACAAAGUAAACAAAAAAGCAAAGUGAAGUGAAAAUGCCGCCAAAAACCAGUGGUAAAGCAGCUAAAAAGGCGGGAAAAGCUCAGAAAAAUAUUACGAAAAAUGAUAAGCAGAAGAAGCGUAAGAGGAAGGAGAGCUACGCCAUCUAUAUUUAUAAAGUGCUGAAACAAGUUCAUCCCGAUACUGGCAUUUCAUCAAAGGCGAUGAGUAUAAUGAAUAGUUUUGUUAAUGACAUUUUUGAACGUAUCGCUGCCGAAGCAUCUCGUUUAGCUCAUUAUAAUAAACGUUCAACUAUUACAAGUCGGGAAAUUCAAACUGCCGUUCGUCUUUUAUUGCCAGGCGAAUUGGCUAAACAUGCUGUCAGUGAGGGAACAAAAGCAGUCACCAAAUACACCAGCUCGAAAUAAAUAAUUUAGGAGAAGAAAACAAAAAUCGGCCCUUUUAA